UGGAUUACAUGGAUAAAAAUAGAAAUUUGGAUCGUAUUAGUGACAGAUCAAGAGCUGAGAAAAGAAGAAGAUCACGAUCUCAUAGCCCCAGAAGGCGACCUCGCAGUAGGGACAGAAGAUCCAGAUCUAGGAGCAGAGAUCGACAUCGACACAAAGACAGAGAUCGUACAAAAGAUAAGAACAGAUCCAAGGAUAAAGAUAAAUCUAGAGACAAAGAAAAAUCUAAACACAAAGAAAAAUCUAAAGAUAAAAAUCAUGUGAAGAGUGAAGAGGAUGAAGAUGAAAAGAAAGAAGAAAAAGUAAAAAAAGAACCAUUAUCUUUAGAAGAAUUGAAGGCAAAAAUGCAAGCGGAAGAAAUGGCACGAAGCAAACCUGUCUUCUUGACAAAAGAACAACGAGCUGCCGAGGCUUUGAAGCGGAGACAACAGGAAGUUGAGGAGCAACGUAAGCGAAUGGAAGAAGAAAGGAAAAUUAGACUUCAUUUCAUGGAAGAAGCAAAACGUUCUCUAGAAAAUGACAAAGAAAGAGAAAGACGUGAAAGAAGAGAAAAAAGAGAGGCAGAGGAAGCAUCAGCCGCCGCAGCAGCCGCUGCUGGACCCGGUGGUGUUCCUACAGAAUCUGAUAGAGACAAAGUUAGAGAAAUCAAAGACAAAGAGAAGGAAUUAGAAGCAAUUCGUGAAAGGUAUUUAGGCUUGGUAAAGAAAAAAAGACGUGUUCGUCGAUUAAAUGAUAGAAAGUUUGUGUUUGAUUGGGAUGCUUCUGAAGACACAGCUGUGGAUUAUAAUCCCAUUUACAAAGAAAGACACACUGUGCAGUUUUUUGGUCGAGGACAUGUUGCUGGUAUAGACUUAAAGACUCAGAAAAAAGAGCAAUCAAAGUUUUAUGGCGAAUUAUUGGAAUUGCGAAGGACAGUAGCAGAGAAAGAACAAGAAAUAAUACGUUUGAAGAAGAUCAAACGAAAAGAGGACAAGCAAAAGUGGGAUGAUCGUCAUUGGUCUCAGAAAUCUAUGGAUGAAAUGACAGAAAGAGAUUGGCGUAUCUUCCGUGAAGAUUUCAAUAUAGCUAUUAAAGGUGGUCGAAUACCAAAUCCUAUUCGCCACUGGAAAGAAUCAGGAUUGCCAAAAUCAAUUUUAGAAAUUAUAGAACAAUUAGGAUACAAAGAUCCAACUCCAAUUCAGAGACAAGCCAUACCUAUUGGCUUACAAAAUCGGGAUAUCAUAGGUGUUGCUGAAACUGGCAGUGGAAAGACUCUAGCUUUCUUAAUUCCCCUUCUUGUUUGGAUCACUUCACUUCCUAAAAUUGAAAGGAAUGAAGAUAUAGAUCAAGGGCCGUAUGCUAUAAUCAUGGCUCCAACUCGUGAGUUAGCUCAGCAAAUAGAAGAAGAAACUAUAAAAUUUGCAAAAACUUUGGAAAUUAGAACUGUAGCAGUUAUAGGUGGUUUAUCAAGAGAAGAACAAGGUUUCCGUCUUCGUCUAGGAUGUGAGAUUGUCAUUGCUACACCUGGCCGUUUAAUAGAUGUUUUAGAAAACAGAUAUUUGGUCCUAAAUAGAUGCACAUAUAUUGUGUUGGAUGAAGCUGACAGGAUGAUAGACAUGGGUUUUGAGCCAGAUGUGCAGAAGAUUCUGGAGUACAUGCCUGUUACAAAUCAGAAACCUGAUACAGAUGAGGCAGAAGAUGAAGAGAAGUUAUUGGCUAAUUUUAAUUCAAAGAAUAAAUACAGACAGACGGUAAUGUUUACUGCAACUAUGCCUCCCGCUGUUGAAAGACUUGCCAGAUCUUAUUUAAGGAGGCCAUCUAUAGUAUAUAUAGGUUCUGCUGGAAAGCCCGUUGAAAGAGUUGAACAAAUAGUUUAUAUGGUUACUGAAAAUGUUAAGAGGAAGAAGCUUAUGGAGAUAUUGGAAGAAGGUGUUGAACCUCCAGUUAUUAUAUUUGUCAACCAAAAGAAAGGUGCAGAUGUUUUGGCCAAAGGUCUUGAAAAAAUGGGUUACAAUUCUUGUACACUGCAUGGUGGUAAGGGUCAAGAGCAAAGAGAAUAUGCUUUGGCUAGUUUGAAAGGUGGCUCUAAAGAUAUUUUAGUUGCAACUGAUGUAGCUGGAAGAGGUAUUGACAUUCAAAAUGUAUCGAUGGUCAUAAAUUAUGAUAUGGCUAAAACUAUUGAAGAUUAUACUCACCGUAUUGGGCGUACUGGUCGUGCUGGUAAACAUGGUAUUGCUGUUACUUUCAUUACCAAAGAAGAUUCUCAUUUGUUUUAUGACUUGAAGCAACUUAUUAUGACCAGUCCUAUAUCUACUUGUCCUCCAGAACUUGCUAAUCACCCAGAUGCUCAACAUAAGCCAGGCACAGUCAUUACUAAGAAAAGAAGGGAGGAAAAGAUAUUUGCAUAAAACUGACCACUUUGUAAUUGUAAAGAUAACUUUAAAAUUUAUGCAAGUUAUUUUAUCCAUUUGCAGUCAGCAUUGCUGUCAAACUAAUGAGAGUUGUAACUCAAUGGGAGGAAUGCUUUCAUUUCAUAAAUGCCAAGGAAAUAAGGACAUCAUUUAUUUUCUGAGAACACUUUGUAAUAUAAAAAAAUCAUGUUAUAAAUUUUGUAAUAAAAUGUUUUUCUCAGAUGUA